AUGUAAUAAUAUGUAAUAAUAGAAAAUGUAAAGGUUGUAUACACGAAAUAACAUAUCACGUUCCGUUUAAUAAAAAUAUCAAAACCUGUUUAAUAACAAUCGUGGCAUAAAAUAUAUUAAAAUGGGACGAAAAGCUAAGUUUGAUGACACGACUCCGUCGAGUGGUCAUGGAAGAAAAGCAAAGAAGCAAGGUGAUCCAACGUUUCCAAGGGAAUUACUAGGAAAAGAGUUAAGUCAUAGACAGAAGCAACGAGCAAGGAAGAGAUUAUUAAAGAAACAAAAGUUAGACGAAAAAGUAAGGAAAUUACAGAAAAAGAAUGGCGAGAAGGUGGAGGACGCCGUAACCGAAGACGAUAUAAAAAAUACCUCAAAACUAUUAAAAAUAAAGAAGAAGAGGAAAUCUCUUAAAGAAGGACCAAGAAAUGACAGUUUCAGUCGUAAAAAUGAUCAAAUGCAGUUUGACAGUGAUAUUAAUAUGUCUGAUAACGAAGGAGUGAUACAAGACGAGCAACAAAAGAUUAAAAGAAAGAAAUUACUUGACAAUGACACAGAUGAUGAGACUGAUAAAGGAUCCAGUGACAAUGAAGAAUAUGGUCAAAAUGGAGAAAUGGAUUACGAGGAAGUAGAUCAAAGUGAGGAAGAUGAUGAUAGUUCUAAUAACGACGAUGUUGAUCUACUUCCUAUCGAAGAAGCAAAUAAGAAGUUGAAAAAGAAGCAAGAAGAAGAACAAAAGCUAGCAGAAGAGGAAAUGCAUGAUAUGACCUUACAACAAUGUGUCUUUACUUUUCCCACUAAAGAAGAGCUUGCAGAUGUUACUAAUCUGAAAGAUGUACAACAACGUAUAAAAGACGUUGUUAUGAUAUUGUCUGAUUUUAAAAGGUUGCGCGAUACAAAUAGAUCGCGUACUGAGUAUAUGGACCUUCUUAGAAGUGAUUUAUGUACGUACUAUAGUUAUAAUAAUUUCUUGAUGGAAAAACUGAUACAAAUAUUUCCACUGGAUGAGUUAUUAGAAUUUUUGGAAGCAAGUGAAGUCCAGAGGCCUAUGACGAUACGAACGAAUGUAUUGAAAACACGUCGUCGCGACUUAGCUGAGGCUUUGAUCAACAGAGGGGUCAAUUUAGAUCCUAUUGGCAAAUGGACAAAAGUUGGAUUAGUGAUUUAUUCGUCGCAAGUUCCUAUGGGUGCGACACCAGAGUAUUUAGCGGGACAUUACAUUCUUCAGGGUGCAUCUAGCUUCUUACCUGUUAUGGCUUUGGAUCCUAAGGAAAACGAGAGGGUUCUUGAUAUGUGUGCCGCGCCCGGAGGAAAAUCAUCGCACAUAGCAGCACUUAUGAAAAACACAGGUGUACUCUUCUCAAACGAUGUAAACGAAGAAAGGAUAAAAGCAGUUGUCGGCAAUUUUCACAGACUUGGCAUCACGAAUUCAGUCGUUUGUACUUACGAUGGGCGAAAGUUACCAACAGUGAUUAAAGGUUUCGAUAGAGUAUUAUUAGAUGCACCAUGCACUGGUACUGGUGUUGUAUCAAAAGAUCCAAGUGUUAAGACAAACAAAGAUGAAGUAGAUAUACAGCGUUGUUGUACAUUACAAAAGGAAUUACUUUUGGCGGCUAUAGAUUGUGCUAAUGCACGUUCGGAAUCCGGUGGGAUUAUCGUUUAUUCUACGUGUUCGAUUCUUCCGGAAGAGAAUGAAUGGGUUAUUGAUUUUGCUCUUAAGAAACGUGAUGUUAAAUUAAUACCGACUGGACUGGAAUUUGGCGCCGAAGGUUUUACCAGUUAUAGACAAUACAGAUUUCAUCCUUCGUUGAAAUUAACAAAACGAUUUUAUCCCCAUGUGCAUAAUAUGGACGGAUUUUUUGUGGCGAAAUUAAAAAAAUUCUCCAAUAUUGUUCACAAAAACAAAGAUGCAGAGGAAGGCUCUUUUGAUUAAUGGUCGUUUUUAAAAUAAAUUAAUUAAUAAAUUAAUAAAUUUUAUAAUGUAACAUUUGGAAAAAUGUUGUCCAAGCAAUUUAAAUAUAUUAAAAAUAUAUAAUUUGUCUGUACAGAUUUUAUAUUUUACAUUAACUUUAUAUAUAAAUUACUUCCAUAGUUACAGCGUUAUAUUUCAGAUUAUACAUUGCUUGUAUAUUAAUUAAAAGCGUAAACAGCUAUUUUAAUCGUCAUAUAAAA